UUCACCUCUGUCAGUCUCUCAGUAAACAUCUGUUCUGAGCUGCUGCUGCUGCUGUGGACACUGUGGCUCAGCUACACAGAAAAUAUCCAGGGCUACUGCUUUUCUUCUCUUUUUAAAUUUUUGGGAUAUUUUUCAAAGUGGAGCACGAUAAGAGUUUCUGGACUGAUCAUGAAGCUGAUGAGAGGAGUCAUUUUGAGCCUCGUUGGUUUGGUUGGAGUCUUGCUCUCCUUCCACUGGUUCUACAGCCUGUUAGCAGGGCUGGGGCUCUUUAUGGCUUGGAUGGGAUCCUGGAGGAACUUUCAUAUCGCUCUACACACCAUAAAGAGAGACCUAAUGUGCCUGGUUGUUAUAGUGCGAGUGAGGGUUUCCAUGUAUCGUAAUCAGCAAAACAGAAGCACAGUUCCAGCUUUGUUUGCCCGGAUGGUCACGCUACACCCAGAUAAACCAGCCUUGAUUUAUGAAGCCACUGGGGAGGUUUGGAGUUUUAGGGAGCUGCAGGAGCGAUGCCAUGCUGUGGCUCAUUGGGCUCUGGCCCAGGGCUGGACGGAGGGCGAUGUCGUGGCUUUGUACAUGGAAAGCAGGCCAUCGGUGGUGGCUCUGUGGCUGGGUCUGGCUGUGAUAGGUGUCGAGGCGGCACUCAUCAACAACAACCUUAGACAACACUCACUGCUGCACUGCCUUGGGGUAUCUGGUGCUCGGGCGAUAAUAUUUGGCAAAGAAAUGACUCAAGCGGUAUCAGAAGUGGGCGGCUCUUUGCAGCCUGGAAUGGUUUUGUUCAGCAUUGGUGAGAAAGAGGGGGAGGAGAAGGAGGAGGAGGAUUGGAAACUCUGCAACCUCCAAGUUUGUGGUCUGGAUGCAAUGCUGGCCUCUUCUCCUACUUAUCCACCGCAUUUUAAACUCCAAAAACAGUUCAACGACAGACUUUUCUACAUUUACACCUCUGGUACGACGGGACUGCCCAAAGCAGCUAUAGUGGUGCACAGCCGGUAUUUUCGCAUUGCUGCUUUUGGUUUUCACUCCUUUGGUUUGCGUCCUGAUGACAUCAUCUAUAACUGCCUCCCCCUCUAUCACUCUGCUGGCACCGUCAUGGGUGUUGGACAGUGUUUGCUGUUUGGUUUGACUGUUGUAAUCAGGAGGAAGUUCUCAGCCACUCGCUUCUGGGAUGACUGCGUCAAACACAACUGCACUGCAAUCCAGUAUAUUGGUGAGAUCUGCCGUUAUCUUUUGGCCCAGCCCGUUCGCCCAUCUGAGGCUCGUCAUCGGGUCCGAGUUGCCAUCGGUAACGGCCUCCGCCCCUCGGUGUGGGAAGAGUUUGUCCAGAGAUUCAGGAUUCAAAGAGUUGGGGAAUUUUAUGGUGCAACAGAGUGCAACUGUAGCUUGAUCAACAUAGAUGGCAAGGUGGGAGCAUGUGGUUUCAAUAGUCGCAUCCUUCCCAGCUUUUACCCCAUCCGACUGGUCAGGAUGCAGGAGGAUCAGAGAGAACUGCUCAGGGAUCCACAGGGACUUUGUAUACCGUGUCUGCCUGGUGAACCAGGAAUGUUAGUGGGACGCAUCAAUAAGACUGAUCCGCUCAGGAGAUUUGACGGCUACGCCGACCAGGACUCAUCCAAUCAGAAAAUAGCCUACAAUGUAUUCAAGAUGGGGGACUCAGCUUAUGUCUCAGGUGACGUGCUGGUGAUGGAUGAAUAUGGCUACAUGUACUUCAGGGACCGCAGUGGGGACACGUUUCGCUGGCGAGGGGAGAAUGUCUCCACCACAGAGGUGGAGGGAGUCCUCAGUGGCCUGCUGGGGCACACUGAUGUAGCUGUUUAUGGGGUUUCUGUACCAGGUGUGGAGGGAAAGGCUGGCAUGGCAGCAAUAGCUGAUGAGGGCCAUGUGGACCUCCCUGCGUUCUUCACCUCCACACAAAAAGCCCUUCCCUCUUAUGCACGGCCUGUCUUCCUGCGACUUAUGCCAGCUGUCGACACAACAGGUACUUUCAAAAUUCAAAAGAUUCGUUUGCAGAGUGAAGGAUACAAGCCCCAAGACACAAGUGAAAAGAUCUAUUUUCUGAACAGUCGUGCUGGGUGUUACGAGGUCGUGACUGAUGACCUUUAUGAAGCCAUUAAGGAGGGUAAAGUGUUUCUAUGAGACAAAAAGUGCUCUAUUAACAAAUGACUGUUGAGAAUGUUUUUUUUUUUAGAAAGAAUAAUUUUCUUUACUAAUACUAAUGAGCUUUGAAAUACCAUUGGCUGUUCAAUUUUACAGUUGAAAACAAACAUAUCAAAACGUGGUUGGAUAUUUCUGACAUCGCACAAUAUCCUAGACUGUAUCUUCUUACAUAUCAGCAGGCUCAACAGACAUAGUUGAACUUUUACUUUGGGUUUACUGCUGCUUUUGCAAAAAUUAUAUUUAAGAAAACACUAACAAACAAACAAAAACAAACAGCUAAAAUGGUAAACAGCAGCAGGGGAUGUGAAAGUAUGUAAUGUGUUGCUUGUGGGGGCGGAUGCUCCACCCAGUGAGGAAAGCUGCCCUGAUAUCUGCUCUUACCAUCACUGUUGUCUGAUUUAGGUCAGGCUUAAUCGGGAACUAAACUUGUUUAAAGUUGAAAAAACUGGUGGGGUUGGAGUGAGCUGGACAAGGGAAAAGAGGAUGUGGAUCCUGAUGCUCCACCUACACUUACAUUCAAACACAUUGUAAAUUACAAUUUGCAAAUACUGGAUCUUUUUUUUUUUGCGUUUUGCUUAGUAGUUCAAAAGUUUCAAAACUAAAGAAGCUCACAGUUUUGGAGUGACACCGUUUUUGGAGUGUCAAUUCUACUGAUUAACAACCUUGAGUUUUGCCAGAAUGUUCUUCUCUUGUAAAAUCUGACCUGGAUUUUUGCAUAAUUUUCGUAAAGUAAAACUGCCUGCCAAAGUAUUUUAAGCAAUUUUUAAGUCUGAGUUCACUUCAUGUCCUAGUCAGUGAUUGUUUUAACUUGCUAUCUUGUUAAUAAAGAUUUGCUAUCAU